GUGUGGAAGGGGAUUGAGGAGUCGCCCCCCCCGCCCCAUCACGGAGUCGACCGCCGCCCCCCGCAAACCGCCCGGGUCCUGCCGGGGGUCUCCCCUCGUCCACCCCCUCGUCCACCCCCUCACCACCACCACCGCCGCUUCUGUCUCUAGGCCAUGGCGGACCGCAAGAUCAACGAGGCGCUGGAGCAUCUGGCGAGCGCAGAGAAGUGUCUCAAAACUGGGUUUCUCAAGUGGAAGCCGGACUAUGACGGAGCCGCUUCAGAGUUCAGCAAAGCAGCGGUGGCGUUUAAGAACGCCAAGCAGUACGAUCAGGCCAAGGAGGCCUACCUCAAGGAGGCGCAGUCGCACAAAUUCAACCAGGCGCUCUUCCACUCUGCAAAGGCGUACGAACAGGCGGGGAUGAUGCUGAAGGAGAUGCAGCGUCUGCCCGAGGCCGUGGACCUGAUUGAGCGCGCGAGCACCAUGUACCUGGAGAACGGCACUCCCGACACUGCCGCCAUCGCGCUGGAGCGCGCCGGCAAGCUGGUGGAGACGGUGAAUCUGGACAAGGCCAUCGAGCUGUUCCGGGCUGCAGGGGCUGUGUACGAGGGUGAGGAACGGAUGCGCCAAGCCGCAGAAAUGUUGGACCGGAUCUCGCGGCUCCUGGUGCGAGGAGAGAGGCUGGACGAGGCGGUUGUGUCUCUGCAAAAGGAGAAGCUCAUGUGUCGUGACCUUGAGAAUUACGCCACCUGCAACAAGAAAACCAUCUCCCAGGUGCUGGUUCACCUGCACCGCAAUGACUACGUCGCGGCGGAGAAGUGCGUGCGGGAGAGCUACAGCAUCCCGGGCUUCACGGCGAGCGAGGACUGUCUGGCCCUGGAGCAGCUGCUGGAGGCGUUCGACCAGCAGGACCCCGACGCCGUCUCCGCCGUGUGUAGCUCCCCGCUCUUCAAGUACAUGGACAAUGACUACACCAAGCUGGCGCGGAGUCUGCAAGUGGUGGGGGUGCCGUCCAAGAGGAAAGUGGAGUCUCCACUGGCCGGGUCCGGGGGGGCGAUGGGCCCCAAGCGGGGGCCACCUCCCCCGGCGGGGGGGGCGAGGAGGACGAUGAGUACGCGGGGGGGGCUCUGCUAAACGUACACGCAUGAACACGCAUGAAACACGUACGCACGCACAAACACACGGAUGUAUACGCGCGCGCAUGCUUACAUCCAUACACACGGGCAAGAUCAUCCCCCUGUGUAGCGUUUCACAGAUUGUUGGUGCUGUUACAGUGCACAGUGGGUUGGUGUGGCUAAGAUCAACGCCCGGACACCUUUGUCUCCCCCCAGUGCUGAUGUUUUGACACACCGCACCAGGUACUCUGGCAAGCCGAGUCGACCUAUGGGAAGUCCCAGGACCGGUUCAGAUAUUCGCUGUCAGUGUUAAUGGCCGUGAGCGGAACCGAACUCGGGUCGCCGGGUUCGCAGCCCAGUGUGCUAGCCGCUGCGGCCACCGCUCCCAUCGUCACUAAUUGCACGUACAUACACACAUGCACACAGGAAGACAAAAUGCUGUUCGCGAGCAUUGAUGAAGGUCCUAUACAGCGCUAUAGGCACACACACAUUUACGCACAUCCAUACAUAUGUUAUAUAAGUACAUAUGAACACAAAAAACAAAGAAAAAGAUCCCCCGUGUAGCCGUUAACAGACUGUUGGGGCAAGUGCUGUUAGCGAGUAGCACCUAUGAAGGCUGACACGGCACACGAGACACAUAGACAAAUAUACAAACACACAGACUACAUUUCAACACUCAUUCGCUGCUCGUUUUAAUUUUAUUUUGGGGGGGGGGGGGGGGGCAGGGUGGGGAGGAAAUGUGGAGUCACGUGCUAUUGCUCACCAUAUCACACCUGGCCCACGUGGGUUCCUCUCUAUCACUGUGUUGCGAUGGACUAAAAUAAGAAUAUUUAUCAUCUUUAUCGCUGGUAUAGAAACCCCCCCCCACUCCCGUGUCAUGGUGACCGUGUCAAGUAUUUUUUGUUCCGUUCCGUGGACCCUCUGACGGCAAGGCCGAACCUUCGCCUGCCAGCCUGCUUAGCGGUGACGUCACAAGGGGGGGGGGGACCCCUAAUGUCCGGGCCAUGCAGCGGCGGCGUCGUCGUCGUCGAUGAUUCACAGAUCGGGGCACACGGCGCUUACUGUGAGAACGCCGCUGGUGCGUCGAGUGGGGGGUCGCGGGUUUUUUUUGGGGGGGGGCCGGGGGGGGGACCCCCGCGAUGUUUCUCCUACGAUACGAUUCGCGCCGAUCCCAUCGUCCCCUUGGCCGCAUUGUCGUCGUGUCGUUGUGAUUCUUCUCUCGUUUCCUUUCGUAAAUGUUUCACUUGCUGAUGAAAAAAAAAAGAACGAUCGAAAUCGCAAACGCAAAAAAUCGCCCGUUAUUUUUUUGGGGAUCCGUUUUAUUUGCUUAUUUUCAGGCGGGAAGCCACGCAGCGACCGGUCCAUAUGUGCGUCUCGUUAACGUGUGUUUGCUACGGUAUGUUGAACUUCCUCCGCGCCGUACGUAGCCAACCGUGCAAAUCGGAGGUGCGGGGAAGGGCGACAAGUUAAACGCACACACACAAAAAAAAACGUCACAAACGUUUCAUCGUUACGACGUUUCGGCGGUGUCUGCACCGCGUGGGUGAUCAUGGUGGUGCGACGCGCAACACCAAGGGCAACACCAAUCCAGGAGAGCCACUCGGCAGGGGUGCAAGGAACCUUAAAUGUAAAACCAACGGCUUCCUUACGUCAAUGGGAAAACCCACCGCCAGUGUCGCCCGUUUAAUGUGUGCACACGCAGACAUGGAUUCCCAUUUAACAGCCUUCAACAGACUGUAGGGGCAAGUGCUGUUAGCGAACACCUACGAAGGCCGGCACGGUGCACGAGGGGGUGGGUGGCCAGCACCACACCCGGCCGCCUUUGCCUCCCCCCACUACUGAUGAUUUACACACAGCACCAGGUACUAAUUUGAAGCUAGUCGACUGAGGGGAGGCCCAGGAGGAGUUUAAAUAUUCGCCACCGUUAUUUCUCGUGAGCGGGUAUUGAACUCGGUUCCGCUGGGUUCAUAGCGCAGCGUUCUAACUGCUGCACCACCGCUUUAUUCCGAGCCCUAUUCCCCAAUUAUCAUGGUUUCAGCUCACUGUGUAAGUGGGGACAACGAUUCUCCUCGCAGUAAAAUAUUUGGCACGUUCGACGCUCGUACGCGUGACAAUUGAAUUUGACAAUAUAAUCUGUGUCGGGUGGUGGAGGAUAUUGCGACACAAAUUUGAGCAGGUCGUUACGUAACACCCAAAAAUAAAUUACGAAUUGUGAUGUUGGCUACGAAAUCGUACGUUGUGAACGAUGAUUGAAGGUUCAAAUAAACAGCUAUUAUUUAAAUUCAAGUCAAAAGGUCAUUUCCCGGCAAAAAUGCGCAAGCAUUGAUGUGUCGCUUAAAUUCUGUUUACCGCCCUGAGCCAGUGAUGGAAAUUCCACGACCUCAUGGUCGGAGGCGAAUCUGUCCAUAGGACAACUUCAUUUUAUCAACCCCAGACAGCUGAUGAUUCAGCUGUGUCGGGUGGAGGAGGGGUCUACGACACAACAGUGGCAUUGUACUCGCGUGGCAAUCUGACCCACACAGAGGGAUCGCAAUACGAUGCAAUGAUUUUACAUUUAAGCUUCCUCUUCUCCUAUAAUGCGGCGGUUACGUUCCUGAAGAACACCGCGCUAUGGAAAAAAGCGUUAUAAAUAAUAUAUUAUGUCGGGUAAAGCACAGACGUGAGAUGCAUAUGCAGGCUGAACAGAGACAGGCCCGUGGGUAGCAUGGAGAAGCAUCCAGCAGCAUCCCGCCUUGUGUGAUGCUACGCUGAAGGCAGCCAUACAACCGCUUACACUCGCGUGACGUAAAUCUGUUCACUCAAUCGCGUUAUGAAAAGAUGUGUUCCCCGAUACAUUUGUCACGUUAUUAAAAUACGCAUUAUAGGAGAACAGACUACCGCAAUGGGAGACUGCUGCUAUCGUCAUCAUCGUGGGAAUCAAUAUCGUAUUGUCGUAUCGUGAAGAAUCCUUAUCGCGGCAACCCCAGUUGUAAGUGAACUAGACAUUUGUUGUAAAUGUGAUUUCCCCCCCCCCCCCCCCGAAUGUGUUCACGCGUUCUACCCUGACGGAAUAAACAUCGACCCGCU